AUGGCAGACAACAACCAAAGCGGUCAUGUGGACGAUUACACUUUCAGUACUAAAGCUGGCAUAGCUGAGUGGCUCGACGCCGUGAUCAAGGAAGAUGAGCUGGCAGGUUACCCGAUCGAAAGCUCGGUCGAGGACUUUUGCUACGAGUUCGAUACCAGUAGCGGAGACGAACCCAACGAGACAGAGCAUAAAGGGUCAAGCUCUGAUCCAGCAAAGACGGAGUCUGACCCAGACAAGACGGAAUCCGCUAUUAGUUCGAAGGAGACAGAUUCUGACUCCAACAGGACGAAAUCCGUUCCCGGUUCGAUGAGGACAAACGUUGGAGGCUACAAGACAAAAUCCGCCCCCAAGCCACAGGAAGCAGACAAGUCUCCCGCCGAGACGAGCAACGAGGAGGUCCGCAACGUCACCCACAAACCCGACAGCCUCGAGGGCAUGGUCCAUCUGCAGCGCAUCCGCCAGUACUUCAUGAUGCCCAACAGCUACACCUUUGAGCGGAUCUGCCAGUUUCUCGAGAAUAACGGCGAUGUCAUCCGCCACCUGGCCACCUACACGAUCCCGCACCCGGACCAGUACCUCCCCGGCGAGGCCGACGACCUCCUGUUCGAGCCCCGCCGCGGGGCAUCGCGCAAGGAAGCUGCGGAUAGCAUCCUCUACGACAUCCGCAGCAUCAUCUGGGGCUCGGAUGCGAUCCAGGCGCAGCUGGACAUCGUCUAUGAUACUGAAAACAAAUCCGACAAUAUUUGGUUCUUCGAGCAGCUGCGCAAGCACCGGCACUUCAAGCGCACCCAGCGCGCCGUCGCCCACCUGCGCGCGACCGACCUGAGAUGGAAGGCCAUGGACGAUGCGGCCAAGGAGAGGCGCAAGCGGCAGCUCGACGAGCACAGCGCCAGCCGCCUGAACAACGAGGUGCGCUUCGAUAGCGGCUCGAACAAGCGACGGGGAGGAGAUGAUGCAGAGGUAAGCGGGGCAUCCAAACGUUCUAGAGGCUAA